CUUCCGGAGUCGCCGCCGCGCUCACCCCCCCCCCGCCGGGUUCGCUUCCGGCCGCGUCCGGGGGCGCCCGUUGCUGGCGCCGCUGCCCAGCGGAGCGCGGGGCCCAUGGAGCCGUGAGGCGCCCCCGGCCCGGGCCCGGGAGCCGCCGGAGCCGGAGGAGAUGGACAAACUGACCAUCAUCUCAGGAUGCCUUUUCCUGGCCGCAGACAUCUUCGCCAUCGCCAGCCUGGCGAAUCCGGACUGGAUCAACACCGGCGAGUCCGCGGGUGCUCUCACAGUUGGCCUUGUGCGACAGUGUCAAACCAUCCACGGACGUGACAGGACCUGUAUUCCUCCACGGCUGCCUCCUGAGUGGGUCACUACGUUAUUUUUCAUCAUUAUGGGAAUCAUUUCACUAACUGUCACAUGUGGUUUGCUGGUGGCUUCCCACUGGCGAAGAGAAGCUACUAAAUAUGCCCGCUGGAUAGCUUUCACUGGAAUGAUUCUAUUCUGUAUGGCAGCCCUAAUAUUUCCAAUAGGAUUUUACAUCAAUGAAGUUGGAGGCCAACCAUAUAAACUACCCAAUAACACAGUGGUUGGGUCUUCGUACGUACUGUUUGUCUUAUCCAUUUUCUUUACAAUAGUGGGACUUCUAUUUGCUGGCAAAGUUUGUUUACCUGGCUGAUGAAUGUCUGAACUGCAGGACUUUUAUUUCGGAAAAGAGCAAGACGCCAGAGUUGCAUUCUCGGGAGGAUGCCUUCGUCAGACUAUCAAACAUGUACUGAAAAGAGGAAUGCUUUGACUUGUUCUCACUAUGCACUUUGGAUGAAAAAAAGGAGAGCCUUUCCCAUAACCAAAUACAGACAACGUUGACUAAUCUCCUGAGCAUAUAUAAUGCAGUCAGGCCGGCACUGUGAUAGGAACUAGUGAAGAAUGCUUUACACUGAGAAGCAUAAUGCCCCGUGUUACUGUACUGUUCCUGUUUUUAAUGUUGUAAUGAUUUGGAAGUCCAAGUAUUUAUGAACUCUGUGGUAGACCAGAGAGUUGCAGAGGAAUUCAAGUGAGGCUGGCCUCGCUAUUUAGGAGAUUAGUAUUUUACAUCUUCCUUCGGAUGAGCAAAGCCUUUGGCACCAAUGUGGAUCAAUCUUGCAUUACUGCACCAAGAAGCCAAUAGAUCAAAACAUGUUCUCUAAAUGUAUGUAACAGCAAGAAGACAUACAUCCCCUCCUCCCCCAUAAGGUCUAGAAAAACACUAAGGAACAUUUUAGAGAGGGAUUUCUUCCUUAUAUUUAUAUAAAUAUAUAUAUAAAUAUAUAUAUAUUUUGCUGAUGCAGUAUACAGUGUGUGUGUAUGUGUGUGUGUGUGUAUAUACACAUAUAUAUAUGUACGUAUAUGUAUAUACACACAAAUGGUUCCUGGAAAAGAACUCAGAACGCUUUGCUAGCAAAACACUGUGGUGUGCAAAACUAGAACUCGAUAGAAAAAAGCCAUUUCUCUGAAGGCCACAUAGCUGAGAGUCUUCAGUUUACCUCAUUCUUUGUAGCAGCCCUUGAUUUUAACAGUUUUUGUAAUAGGUACAAAUGAUCCCAUGCCUUUCUAGGUGCAAUUUUAAGUUAAGCUAAAAUUCUUUUUAUGGUAAUUUAUUUGUAUAUGAGGGUAGAAGGUGAGAUCAUGUCAUACCUUAAAGUUAAAAAUCCUAAUUUUGGGAAACUGACACUAUUUAAAUUAUUAGCAACUGUUGUACAGAAAGCCUCUUUUUCUACUGCAUUGUUACAUUAGCAUUCAUACAGGUUUAAGCACAGCAUUUUGCCAUAGGUAAGCAUUUCUCUAGCACAUCUGAAAUGCAGUGUUUAAAGUAAUGCAAACACUAUUCCACUGUAAAGAUGGAUGGACACAUUUCUAUUUGAGUAUUAAUUCCUCUUUACAAAAAAAAAAAAGCAAUAUAAUUGUUUAAGUAAUACAUUCAUCAAUUACUAAAGUUGUUACUUUAAACGUGGAUUUAAGGGCCACCCAAAUUCAGAGUAAAUAUUCCUUUGAAAGAAAUUCUUUCUACAAGGAUAAACCUUUGAAUCCAUAGGUGUCAUAAUUCACUGCUCAAUCUACCCUUGCAGAAAGUUCAGUUCAGUGUCCAAGGGAAGCUGCCUGCACUACCAGUAUUUAUUUUUCAGUUAAUAUGAAGUUUACUUGCGAUUCAUUAUGAAAACAAAAGUGUAUGUUUCAAGCACUGUUUCAUUGAGCUUACCAGAACAACUGCCUUGCUAAAUAGACAUUUUUCUAAAAUGUUUAGUGCAAGUGUAUUUUAGAAUGAGGUUGUUGUUAAAAUAUGAUCACCAGUUUCUAAAUAGUCACUUAUCAGAUAAGCUUACAUGUUGAAAAUAAGACAAUUUGCACAAUUCUUUUAAACUGUGUGCCAUUCAGGCCCUAGUGGGUCCCUGUCCUCCUCCUCCACCUCUUCCUUUUCCCCCCUCCCAGGAUAUUUCAAUGCAAAAAUGUUAUGUGCUGUGCUAAGUAUUUUUUUCUUUGAAUAUUUUUGAACAAAUUUGUCGCUGGAAUGAUGUAUAAGUGACUUUUUUUUUUUUCCAGUCAGCUCACUCACAGGUAGAAGGGAGUGUUUAUAGAACACUAUUUUUUUCUAAAGUACACUAAUCUGUAAAUACAGUCAGGCACCUACUUAGAAGUAAUGGUUUAAAUAUGAUUUGAUUCCUGAUUUGAGCCUUCAUCUGCAUGGGUAUUCUCAGGUUCCCAGUGAUGUUGAUGGAGAUAAAAUGCAGGGUUCAGCUGCUGGAUGUGUGUCUGAAUGUUCAGUGUUGCCACUGCUGUAUUCUAAGCUAUUCACUAAAACUCAAGUCAUAAAUUAUGCUGGGGGGAGGGGGGAGAGCUCUUUUUUUCCAGAAGUGUCACUCUUGUAAAUAGUUCUAGAAGAUUUUUGUAACUGGAACACAGGGGGGGGGGGGGAAGAGUUUCUGAGCUGCUACGAUUUCUUCCCUCCCUGCCCCACUCCGACCCAGCUUACUUAUUUCAGUUAUAGCAACAUCGUGUAUAGAGUGGAUUUAGGCUUAGAUUAACUGGAUCAUCAGUUAAUAAAAAAAUAUGAACACUUGGAGCAUACCCAGGCCGUGGCUGGCUGGCUGGAAAUUUAUCUGAUGUGCCAGUGCUAUUGCUAUGAAUUAUUAAAUUAUAGUGGAGAUUUAAUGAGCAGAUUGUUUGAUUAAAUAUUUGAGCAUUUCAAGUCCAGAAAUAGAUGCAGCCAUCUGCAUCUAAAUUAAACCCCAUCCAGUAAUUGAAGAGACAGCUGUCAACAGUUGCUUUUAAUAAGGUCACUAAGUACUUAUACAGUACAGUAUUAAUUUAUAGCAGAAAAUCAUAUCUUGUAAACUGUAUAUAAAACACUGUUUUAUGGUGCAAUCACUUGUCAAACCUAUGUCUGUUAUUUUUGUUUUAAAGUUGUGUGCAUUCUUUUCAUACCUAAGAGCAUCACUGUAAAAUCUGCUGAAGACUAUUUAUAGGUUUUAUUUGCACAAGGUUUUUGUUUUAAACUACAGGAAGUUCGUAUUGAACGUGCCUAAACAUCUGUAAACUUUUUCAGUUCAUGAAAAGCAAAUGUUUCUGUAUGAAUCUUCUCCAAAGGUAAUCCCAUACUUGUGUUGAGUGUUUACAUAAACUUUUCUGAUUCUGCCAGCCAUUAUUUUUAACUUUCUGAAGGACAGCUCAUUUCAUACGACUGGAGGUUCUUAUUUAGUCUUCUGCUUCAGAAUUCCCCAAAGGUUUGAUGUCCCAUCAUAAUGUAAUUUGUGCACACUUUGUCAUUUAUUUGGCUAACAAAACAUAAGAUUGGAAACAAAAUGGCUUCAGAAGGAAAACAAAGUUAAUUUGCCUGUAUAAAUCUUACCAUUGAGCUCAGCUGAAAUAAUCGCCUGGAAGCUGUUUGUCUCAGACCUGGGGAGGAUGCACUUCCCUGAACGCACCCGUCUAACCAUUUCACGUCAGUUUACGUUGUUAAUCUUGCUGGCAAGUGAUACCGGUUUCCCGCAGAUGUCGGCAAUGCGCAGAGCGGGACCCUCCCUCACGCCUGUCCGCGCCGCUGUGUAACCGCUUGGGAACACAACCGUACAGGACUGCCCCAACACACACAGAAGUACAUGAAAGCUGUCCUUUAAAACCUUUGUGAAGGAUGAAAAUAAUGAAGGAAACGGUGUCUGCAAGCGGGUUGCCCCGCUCCCACCUCGCGUGGCUCCAGCUCGGCGCCCGAGCUCUGCGUCCCCAGUGCUGCCGAGGGUUGUUUUCUAAUUGGUUCGAGCGUUUUUCAAUUAAUGAUUUCCGAACAAAUGUUAAUACAAACUGUAUAAAAUGAACAUAAUUUUCUUCACUUGUAUUUUUGUUAUCGAGCAAGUUUAUCAAAAUAAAUUGUCUA